CGGGUCGUGUCCUGCCGUCGCCUCCUCUUUCCCCUCUCUCUCCUCUUUCUCCGCUCUCCGGGCCAUGGAGGCGGCUGCCGGCGGAGAUGCGCAGGACUCCGGGCGGGGGCUGUGCCUGCCCCGCGGGUCCGGGAGCCCUGCGGCCACCCAGGACAAGCUCUUCUUAAUCAAAGGUGGAAUUUUUCUAGGUACUGUUGCUACAGCAGGAAUGAUAGCAGGUUUUGGCACCACACUUGCCAUGACAAAAAAGAAGAACCCAGACUGGUUCAGUAAGGGGAUUACUGCGACAGGUGCGUUGCCAGAGAGUGGUUCAUCACUGGCCUUACGAGCCUUAGGAUGGGGCUCACUCUAUGCAUGGUGUGGAGUUGGAUUGCUCAGUUUUGCCAUCUGGAAGGCCUUGGGCGUGCAUAGUAUGAAAGAAUUCCAAACUAAAAUGCAGUCAAUGUUUCCAGCAAUUCCUAAAAAUAGUGAGUCCACCAUUGAAUGGGAAGAUUUACUUAAAUCCAAGUGAGAAACUCAGAGCCAUUUGGAGAUGUCUCUUGCAGCAAGAACAGGAGUGAAAGUAGCAGAAGUGUCCUAUCUGAAAAACAGAGAAGAAAACUCGGACUGAGCAAGUUGCUGAGUUCACUGAACCUGGGAAUGCCAGUUAACAUGGAGAAACAAGGGAUUUCUAAACGAUUUAUAUUGUACUUUUCAGUCCAGUUGGUAUAGUGGAUUUGUGAGGAAACGAACCCUCCAAGAUAACUUGAUCCAGCUUGAAAAAAGUCUGUAUCUUAUGAAGACUUGAAGAAACUGAUCUUCAGUGGUCAAUACAAGGACAAAACUCCAAUAAACUCUUAACCCAUCGUGCCUCUUAAGAGGAAUUUUAGGAAAUUUCUCUAGGAAACAAGGAAUAUAUCACUUCCAUCGAUAUUUACCUGUCCCAUUAGGAAUAUAACCAUCAAGUUAAUUAUAACAGCUCUCUUACUGAGUCUGAAGGAGAUAUUUAAAUUUGCAACGGAGAAAGUAUCUAAACCGAUCUAUUUUUUAAGUCUGAAGGGAAAAUGUAGAACAUCCAGUAUGCAAGUAGUGACCUACUGAGCUACUCUGGAGAGCAUCAGAAGAGGUCUUUACAAAGUCUACUGUUUUCUCAGUAUUAGCUUUUUUUUAUUGGAUCCCACAAUAGUGAAUAUGAUAGUUUUCAUGGAAGUCUCUACUAUAUUUGUAUAUCAGUUUAAGCUGUAAGUGAAAAAGGUAUGAAAUAGGAUGCCCAGUCUGUCCUACACAAAUAUUUUCAGUUAAGAAAAUGUUUGGGGAAGGCUAAGUCUUUGGUAUUUCAGUGGUUCCCGUGGCUCUUCUACAAAGAGAAGCAAUGUCAGAUUUUCCACACUGCAGUAAUCUCAUGAAGUGUGGGCGUAAAGUAGGAAGAAUAAUGUCUUGCUCAAACAUUGUAUUUGCAGAACUGUAGAUCCGUAAAAAUGCAGAGACAAAAAAACCCUCUUAUCAGUGAACAAUCCUUUGUUGAAUGCUCCAUUAUCAGUUUUUUUAUUAAUUGCACACAGUCCAAUUAGUCAGUUGUCAGAUUUAAUAAAGUCUUCUUAAAACCUGUCUUUUGUGAUUAAGUCUUUAUAUUCCUAGGAAAGAACAUUAAAAAAAAGCUUUAAAUGUCAGAUGAAUAAUAAAGAAGUAUGGUUUUCCUAUGAAACAUGACAGCACUAAAAUAGUAUCUUUAAAGCAAUUUAAGUGUAAUAGUUGACAUCUUUUCCAUAGCUUGAUGCUUGUAAUCCAAUAUUAAAUAAAUUGUGGUGAGUACUGCCAUCAUAUGCACAUGAAAAAUGGGAAUAUUGUCGUAUUUCUGUUAGUUUGUGUGCCUGGUGAUACCUGUAU